AUGGAUAGAUUAAAUCGGAUGCUGGCCUCCGCCGGAGGCAUGGGAGGUCUUAACAGCGCCGCCCCAGGAUCUGAUAACACAACCCUUAUCGAUAAUUCCGAAACCGUCUACAUCUCCUCCCUCGCGCUCUUGAAGAUGUUGAGACAUGGAAGGGCAGGAGUACCGAUGGAAGUUAUGGGUCUGAUGUUGGGAGAAUUCGUAGACGACUUCACAGUACGCGUAGUAGAUGUGUUCGCUAUGCCGCAAAGUGGUACAGGUGUCAGUGUCGAAGCAGUCGAUCCAGUUUUCCAGACCAAGAUGAUGGAUAUGUUAAGGCAAACAGGACGGUAUUAUCCCCAAACAUCUAUAUAUUACUACAAAGCUGACAAUCCCCGCAAUAGACCAGAGACAGUUGUCGGCUGGUACCAUUCUCAUCCUGGUUUCGGCUGCUGGCUUUCCUCCGUCGAUAUCAACACCCAACAAUCCUUUGAACAACUCACCCCCCGCGCCGUCGCCGUAGUAGUCGACCCCAUCCAAUCCGUCAAAGGCAAAGUUGUAAUCGACGCCUUCCGCCUCAUCAACCCACAAUCCCUUAUGCUCGGCCAAGAACCCCGUCAAUCUACCUCGAACUUAGGCCACCUCAACAAACCCUCUAUUCAAGCCCUGAUUCACGGCCUGAACCGCCACUACUACAGCAUUGGCAUCAACUACCGCAAAUCCGCACUCGAAGAAAACAUGCUCAUGAACCUACACAAGCAAGUCUGGACCGAGGGUCUACAAAUGGACGAUUUCCGCCUCGAGGACACGCGCAACAAGGACCGAUUACAAAAACUUGUCGGGCUGGCAGACGGCUAUGAGAAGCGCGUCAAAGAGGAGACGGAGCUGACAAAGGACCAGCUAAAGACGAGAUAUGUGGGCAAGGUAGACCCGAAGAAGCAUCUGGAGGAUGUGGGGCAACAGCUUAUUGAAGAUAACAUUGUGUCGGUUUCGAGACAGAUGAUUGACAAGGAGGCGUCGGCGCCCAAGGAGAAGAGCGCGGCGAAUGGGCAUGCGAAUGGUGAUGCGAUGGAUGUGGAGGAGGAACUGUGA